AGAGGAAGAGGAUAGCAAUUUAUGAAAACGAAAAGUCGCAGCUGCAGUAUCUUACUGUCUUGGAAUUAUAUAAUUCCACAAUAAUGAAUCGAAUUUGUUUCGGUGGCAUCGCGUAGUGAAAUGAAUGAUAGUAUUUAUUUUAUUUAUGCAAAUAUCAGUUGGUUGAUUAAAAAGUCUCCAAACCCCUCGGAAAUCGGGAAAUCCUUUUCGCAAACCAGAAUCUUCCUUUCUAUCUCUUGCGCUUUCACUCAGCUAACUUUCCCUGAGGAUUGACUGGUUGGCUCCAGCUCUGAUUUGCUGCUUUACAGCGUUUGGCAGGAGCCAUUGAUCGAAAAUAAAUGUCAAACUCUGUAUAAUUGCUUCAGAAGUUCAUCUUUGUUGUUGGUGUUGAGGAGUAAGAAGUGCUACAUUGAUGGCGAGUAAUGUAGCUACUCACCCAUUGCAAGAAUUAAAAGAUGGGAUCAUCAGUUCUUGGAAGGAUGAUGAGGAGGACAAUGGUGUAUAUAGUGAGAAAGCGAGUUUAUUGGAAACAUCUGGCUCCUCUGUAGAGAAGAAUGCACCUGGUGGUUCUUCUGAUUGGCCUAGGGGACUGGACCACUGCACGACUGCACCUGUUGGUCUCUAUGGAGAUGUGCUAAUCGAUGACAAUGAGAUUAAGUACUCUCGGUCUUUGACUGAGAAAGCCUCUCCUGUGAAUCACAACUCGAAAUUAGAUAGAUUGUCUGAGCGUGAAAAGCAAAAACUUAUUGUUGAGCUAGUCAGAAUACAAAAUGACGGGACAGUGGAAGUUGAUAUAAAUAGAGGAACUCCGGUAUCCGAGUUAUUGGAGUUUCAGCCAAUCAAAGGGGGGCAGUCGACAAUCACAUAUGAAAGGUCCUUGGCAGAAUCCUUCAGAUCCAUUCCAAGGUUAAAAAUUGUUAUACUUGUGGUUGGAACUCGAGGCGAUGUGCAGCCUUUUCUAGCCAUUGCAAAGCGCCUCCAGGAAUUUGGUCAUCGUGUAAGGUUGGCAACUCAUGCAAAUUUCUCCUCUUUUGUACGGUCUGCUGGAGUAGAGUUCUAUCCCUUGGGUGGUGAUCCCCGAGAAUUAGCUGGAUAUAUGGCGAGAAAUAAAGGUCUCAUUCCUUCUGGGCCUGGAGAAAUCGCAAAGCAGAGAAAACAACUCAAGGCAAUCAUAGAGUCUCUUCUUCCGGCAUGCACUGAGCCUGAUAUGCAAACUGCUGCCUCUUUCAGAGCUCAAGCAAUAAUUGCAAACCCUCCUGCAUAUGGACAUGUGCAUGUUGCUGAAGCUCUUGGCGUACCAAUACAUAUUUUUUUCACAAUGCCUUGGACGCCGACUCAUGAAUUUCCCCACCCUUUGGCCCGUGUUCCUCAAAGUGCUGCGUAUUGGUUGUCAUAUAUAGUUGUUGAUCUGAUGGUAUGGUGGAGCAUAAGGACAUACAUAAAUGAUUUUAGGAAGAGGAAGCUAGACCUUGCACCUAUCGCUUAUUUCAGUACAUACCAUGGCUCAAUUUCUCACUUGCCUACUGCGUACAUGUGGAGUCCCCAUGUUGUGCCAAAACCAAGUGACUGGGGUCCUUUAGUAGAUGUCGUUGGGUAUUGUUUCAUGAACCUUGGAUCGAAGUACCAACCUGGGGAAGAGUUUAUCCACUGGAUAGAAAGAGGAUCACCGCCCAUAUAUAUUGGGUUUGGAAGCAUGGUGAAAUCACGAGUGAUGGAGCUAGCAAAAGUACUGGAGAAUGAGGAUGGUGUAGCUGCAGCAGUUGAUGCAUUCCAUAGGCAUUUGCCACCGGAGCUACCACUGCUCGAUUCCUCGCCUAAUAAAAAGGAUGAAGACGAUCAACCAGACCUGUUACAGCGGUUCUUCAUCCAGAUUGGCAAAAAGUGUUGCCUUCCAUGUGGAGGCGUGUGAUAUCAAAUGUAUUUAGAUGCUUUUUUAGUUGCAUAAUCUUGUCUCUGCAACUUCAAUUCAUUUCAUUCAAUGAUCAGAAAUAUGAUUUUCUUUGGCAUUGUUACAUAAAACGGAUAUAAAAAAUAUAUAUUUGAUGGGUUUGAUCCAGUGCUGUGGAGCACUGUGACUAGUCUA